CUGCAGACCGAUGAUGAUGAGGACGAGAGGAGGAGGAGGAGGAGGAUGUAGCGAAGGCAGGUACAGGCAGACCAUCGAGCAAAGAGGCAUUACGCACGUCGCAUCCAUGUAUUACGGCGCAUAACUAUCCCCGUGCCUACUUACUAUUUACCUGCAUGGUCCGAGUAUACUCCCACUGAUGAUAUUCUCCAGACUGGCCGGAGGAAAACACUCGACAGAUACGCCGCUACCUACUUCUGCCUGUGACCGAGGAAGGCGCCCUUCGCUCGGGCCGAAAUCAGCAGCUGCUGUCGUUGUCAUCGUUAGCAGCUAAGAUGCUAAUGUAGGCAGAGUUCGUGAUGUGCCAGGAACUCUGCCUCAACCCAUCACUUAAAAUCUGUCAAUCACAAUGGUGAAACAUCAUUGACCUCUCAGGGAACAUUUAUCCUGAAUGACCUGACAUCCAGGACCCGGUCAACCCAAUAUGGAGAAAAAGAAAAUGUGCCCACGCCUGUUGGACUACUUGGUGGUGGUUGGAGCCAGGCAACCAAGUAGUGAAAGUGUGGCUCAGACGCCUCAGCUUCUGCGACGGUACCCCCUUGAAGACCAUCAUGAUUUUCCGCUGCCACCGGACGUGGUAUUCUUCUGCCAACCAGAGGGCUGCCUUAGCAUACGGCAACGACGGGUUAGCCUUCGCGACGACUCCUCAUUCGUUUUCACGUUGACCGACAAAGACUCCGGGAUCACUCGCUAUGGAAUCUGCGUCAACUUCUACCGAUCAUUCCAGCGUGGGCAUCACAGGUCCCGUGCAGACAAGAGUGGACACACUGAAGCGUCGACACAGGGAGGUGAUACCAUAAGCGUGGGUUCUGAUAACAGUAGUGGAGGACCGUCGUCCACUUUAUCGCCAGCGAAAAACACAGAAGCAACCCAUCAUGUGUCCGGGGAAGGUGGCGGACAAUCUGCUCCAGAUUCAAACAUAGGAAAAUCUCCACAGCACAGACGCAGUGCUGCGAAGAUGGCUGCCAGGAAUCGCAACAGCACAUUGACGUCAUUGUGCAUUUUAAGCCACUACCCUUUCUUCUCCACCUUCAGAGAGUGUCUAUAUAUUCUCAAGAGACUGGUAGACUGUUGCAGUCAACGGUUAACACAGCGUGCAGGCCUUCCCCGUGCCACCCAGAGGGAUACCAUGUGGCGAAUCUUCACAGGUGCACUGUCAGUGGAGGAAAAAGGCAGUCAGUUGCUGGCAGACUUGCGAGAGAUUGAGUCCUGGGUCUAUAGGUUGUUGCGGUCACCAGUUCCCAUCCCUGGACAGAGACGCGUGGAUGUGGAGGUGCUACCUACCGAUCUGAAGCUAUCUCUGACUUUUGCUUUGCCUGACAACUCGCGCUUUUCAAUGGUGGACUUUCCCCUGCACCUGCCCUUGGAGCUGCUGGGUGUGGACGCCUGUCUUCAGGUUCUCAGCUGUGUCCUGUUAGAGCACAAGGUUAUUCUUCAAUCCAGAGAUUACAAUGCUUUGUCGAUGAGUGUUAUGGCCUUCGUUGCUAUGAUAUACCCCCUGGAGUACAUGUUCCCUGUCAUCCCUCUGUUGCCAACAUGCAUGGCAUCCGCAGAACAGCUGCUUCUAGCACCAACUCCAUACAUCAUCGGUGUUCCUGCUAGCUUCUUCCUUUACAAAUCUGACUUUAAAAUGCCAGAUGACAUAUGGCUUGUUGACCUGGACAGCAGUAAGGUUAUCGCACCGACAAAUGCAGAGAUUUUGCCUCCUCUCCCGGAGCCCGAAGCACUCGAGCUCAAGAAGCAUUUAAAACAGUGUCUGGUCAGGUUGACAGUGAUCACCCAAAAGCAGAUCUUCUCCUCUGAUAAUAAGGCUUUGGCCAGUAUGAGCUUGAACACGCAACCCAUCUUAAAUCUGGAAAAGUUCCAGGAAGGCCAAGAGAUGCCGCUACUCCCUCCAGGACGAGAAAAAGCUUCACCAUCCUCAACGGAGUUCAACCCCUUGAUUUAUGGAAAUGACAUUGACUCAGUGGACGUAGCCACCAGGGUUGCCAUGGUGCGGUUCUUCAACUCUCCAAAUGUCCUGCAAGGUUUCCAGAUGCACACUCGGACCCUGCGCCUCUUUCCUCGCCCGGUGGUGGCGUUCCAAGCCUCAUCAUUUCUUGCUUCACGGCCCAGACGAUCUGGAUUUGCUGACAAACUCUCCCACACUCAGGCUGUGGAGUUCUAUGGAGAAUGGGCCCUUAAUCCCACCAACCUUGCUUUUCAGAGGAUACAUAAUAAUGUGUUUGAUCCAUCUUUAAUUGGUGACAAACCCAAGUGGUACGCUCACCAGCUCCAGCCAGUGCACUACAGAGUGUAUGAUGGGAGCUCUCAGCUGGUUGAAGCUCUGGCUGGACCUUUGGAUGAUGAGGGCAAUGAUUCAGACCCAACAGACAGUGGCAGUGACAGUGAAGCCUAUGACGACUCCAGUUCCUCCUAUUCUUCCCUUGGUGACCUUGUUAGUGAAAUGAUUCAAGGAGACAUCCAGGGAGACACGCCAAGCUUGGAGCCUCCCUCUCAUGCUGCUCUUGGGGAUGCAAGCGAGGUUGAAGACUUUCAGGAGUUCAGGGAAGAUAAUGGCUUGGAUGGACGACCCAGUGGCGACGGUCCAGCUGAAUUAGCAGAUGGCCAACCUCUGCGAUCAAGCUCUAGUACAACUGCUAGCUCCAGUCCUAGUACAAUAAUCCAGGGAGUGAACCACGAUCACGGUGACACAACUGAAAUUGAGGCAAAUACCACCACUGCUGCUGAGCAAAACCAGAUCCCGGGACUGAACAUCCAGCCGCCUCUUAGAUCAGCACCCGAUGCUGGCCUUGUGGACAGUAAAAAACAGGAGUAUGAUAACCCCUACUUUGAGCCUCAGUAUGGCUUCCCCUCCGAGGAUGACCCUGAUGCAGAAGAGCAAGUGGAGUCAUACACCCCUCGAUUCAACCAGAACCUCAAUGGCAACAAGGUGUCUCGCCCACUGCGGCCCAACAGUCUGAGGCUUCCUGGGGAGUCUGAUGGAGAGGGCGAUUCUCAUAACAGCUCACCAAACUCCACAAUUUCCAACAGCAGCAACGAUGGAUUUGGAGGACUCAUGUCCUUUGCUAGUAAUCUUUACAAGAACCAUGGGACCAGUUUCAGUCUUUCCAAUUUGGCUCUUCCCAACAAAGCGGCGAGGGAGAAAGCGACACCAUUCCCCAGUCUCAAAGAAUAUUUUAAUAUUGAUAUUGAGGAGGAGAUGGAGCAAGCAGUAUUUGGUCUAAAUUCUCUAAUGGAGAUUAUAACAGAGGCCGGACCGGGGAGUGGAGAAGGAGCUCGAGCGCCUCGAGCACUUGUAGACCAAAAGUCCUCUGUGAUCAAGCACAGUCAGACUGUGAAGCGAGAGUCCCCGUCCCCUCAAGGUCGUGUCAACAAUACAAGUGAGAACCAGCAGUUUUUGAAGGAGGUGGUGCAGAGCGUUCUGGACGGACAAGGAGUCGGCUGGCUCAACAUGAAAAAAGUGCGUCGCCUGCUGGAGAACGAGCAGCUCCGUGUCUUUGUUCUGAGUAAGCUGAACAGAGCUGUGCAGUCAGAGGAGGAUGCCCGACAAGAGAUUAUACGUGAUGUGGAGGUUAGCAGGAAGGUGUACAAAGGAAUGUUGGACAUCUUGAAGUGCACGGUGUCCAGUCUGGAGCAUUCCUACACUAACGCUGGCCUGGGAGGAAUGGCCAGUGUCUUCAGCUUGUUGGAGAUAGCACGGACACAUUAUCAAACAAAAGACCCUGAAAAACGCAAGCGAAGCCCGACUGACAGUACCGGCAGUCCCGGGAACAAGGAGAGUCCCACGGGCCGCACAGAGCCUGCCCGACCCCAAGGUCUUCUGAAUGUUCCCCAUCUGCAGCUACCCCACCACAAUACGGGCAGAGGCACUCGCCAUUUUGACACCCGCAGUCUGAAUGAAGAAAACUUUAUUGCUUCGAUCGAAUUGUGGAGCAAGCACCAGGAUAAGCAAAAAGCUAUGGAAAAACCGCAGAGGUCUGAAGGAGCAAAGCACCAGCGUCCCCCAGUGACGGAUGCAGAGGAGAAGAAGUCUCAGAUCAGCUCUGACAGUGGACUAAGUGUCAGUGGGUCUCAGAAAAGUGACACAGAGUCAGCGACAAGCUCCGAGCCUCCAAUCCUGACAAGGAGCACCAGCCAGGACUCAGAGGCCAGCACAGUGAUCAGCAACAGUUCAGGAGAAACUUUGGGUGCCGACAGUGACCUGAGCAGUACAGCUGGUGAUGGACUUGGGGGAAGACAACUUGCUCAUCUUACUUUGUCCAGAGGGACUUUGUCAGACAGUGAGAUUGAAACUAAUCCAGCCACCAGUGCAGUUUUUGGGAAGACUCACACUCUGAAGCCAGGUGCAAAAGAACAUUUACCUGCCAUGACAAAGGGUCCACCUGCUCAGCCACUGGAGGAUCUCAGCAUGAGGAUCUAUCUUUGUGAAGGCCUCCUGGGCCGUGAUAAGAGCUCCGUCUGGGAUCAACUAGAGGAUGCUGCCAUGGAAACCUUUUCUCUGAGUAAGGAGCGUUCAACAUUGUGGGACCAGGUUCAGUUCUGGGAGGACGCUUAUUUGGAUGCUGUCAUGUUGGAACGAGAGGGGAUGGGGAUGGACCAGGGCCCUCAAGAGAUGAUUGAAAGGUACCUGUCCUUGGGAGAACAUGACCGCAAGCGUCUGGAAGAUGAUGAGGACAAGCUUCUGGCUACUCUGCUUCACAACAUGAUCGCAUACAUGCUGAUGUUGAAAGUGAACAAAAAUGACAUCAGGAAAAAAGUGAGGCGUUUGAUGGGGAAGUCCCACAUUGGCCUCACAUACAGCCAAGAGAUCAAUGAGUUAUUGGACAAACUAGCUAAUAUGAACGGGCGUGAGCUCUCCAUCAGGCCCUGUGGAAGUCGUCACAUCAAGAAACAAACAUUUGUGGUACAUGCUGGAACUGAUACCACCGGAGACAUCUUCUUCAUGGAGGUGUGCGAUGACUGCAUCGUCCUGCGCAGCAACAUCGGCACAGUUUAUGAGCGCUGGUGGUAUGAGAAACUCAUCAACAUGACCUACUGUCCCAAGACAAAGGUCCUGUGUCUGUGGAGGCGCAACGGCCAGGAGACACAACUAAAUAAGUUUUAUACCAAAAAGUGUCGGGAGCUUUACUACUGCGUCAAAGACAGUAUGGAAAAAGCUGCAGCUCGACAACAAAGCAUCAAACCAGGUCCAGAACUGGGUGGUGAAUUCCCGGUGCAGGACAUGAAAACUGGUGAGGGGGGUCUUCUGCAGGUCACACUGGAGGGAAUCAACCUCAAGUUCAUGCACAGCCAGGUUUUCAUAGAGCUGAGUCACAUUAAAAAGUGCAAUACAGUGAAGGGAGUCUUUGUCCUGGAGGAAUUUGUUCCUGAAACUAAAGAAGUGGUGAUCCACAAGUACAAGACACCUAUGGCUCAUCAGAUCUGUUACUCCGUCCUCUGCCUCUUCUCCUACGUGGCGGCGGUGAAGGGGAAGGAGGCGGAAGGAAAAGCCAAGAUCCUGUCGCCGCGACCUCUUCCUAGCUAGUAGCCACUACGCUCAUCCCCGAGUCCCUCCUCCGCCCGUCCCACCACAGACUUCUGACAAUCCCUGACUUAAGCACACAGAGCCGCCGCCGCUGCCGCCUCCUUCUGUACAUAUGUCAUGUGAUCCUCCACCAUCCACUGCGUGGUGUCGUGUACAUAUCGUCGUCCUCCUCCUCACUAGUUCAGUGUUCCAAGUGUCUUCGAGUGGUGCGGUGUCUCUGCGGCCGGCGGGUUCUAACAUGAGAGUGCAUGCAGGUCUCGUGCACCGCCCCGACCCUCCCCUCCGUCUGUGUUUGUGGUCUGGUUAGGCGCUGCAUGCCUGCUGCUUCAGUGCCGUCGCCCUCCCUCCUGCUGUGAACCUCGUGUUCUGUGUUCUGCUGUUCAACCAAUGCAUGUCGAUAAGAUGAUGAUAAUAAUCCAAAUAAAUAUUAUAUAUAUUUCUAUAUAUAGUAUUUAUUUAAUAUAUAAACAGAUAUUUACUUGUACAUUUCUUUCAAGAACAUUUGCUAGAUGUACAAUAUGAAGUAGUUUAGCCAUCGUCCACGGACCUUCACAGGGUGACGAAUGUACCGAGUUUUUCUAAAGAGAAAACACGACUGUUCUGAGUUCGUCUCGUGAAACUCUCAAAGCAACGUGACGGAAAACUGCGCCAGCCGCUAAACUGAGCAUCCGUUUGUAUCCGACUGGUGAACACGGCUUCAGCCCAGCAUCAGCUCCCGACCCACUUAUUUUCAAUGGGAUUUGACAACUCAUGUUUGUCUGCAGCCUCCACCUGAACGUGCACGUGUCGUGAAACAUAUUCAGUUGGUGCUUUACCACUACAGUACUAGUCACACUACCAGAUGGUGGCGUUGCAUCUCAGACCUCAGUCGAGAGGUAAUGGCUUUCAUCCAUGUCAUUGAACUCUUAUUUCCUCUCAAAAGCCGAGGUGCAAUGUGGCUAUAGGUGAAGCACCUACUUUUUCAUUGUAGAUGGCGCCCUCUAAUGGUGAGUUCCCAUCACUGAUUCCAGCCUCAUAUUGAAGUCCAGGGAGGCUCUUCUUCACGUGUCCCCUCCAUAGUGGCCCCACACCAGGGGUCAACAGGUCAGAGGUUAAAGGUCUGCUGAUGCAGAAGGGAAGGGCCCCAGCUGGUAACCCUCCUCAUUGAAAGAUAAAAACAGAGGUGGCUGUCGGGUUCUGGUGAAAGAUUCUCUGGGUCGUUUGUCAGCUGCAUCUGAGGACGAACUGUUGAAUCACGAGUGAAAAAGUUCAUCCACCGACUGAAGUACAAGUUUAGAGUCACGUGAUCCGAUUCGGUCGCCAGUUUUCCGUCACGUGACCCUUGACAAGUUUUUGACUGAAUGCCUGAUCGACUGUCUACUUGUGUCCAAGAAGAUUCUGGUUCCAUAAAGUGAUCCGUCAACUUUCCUGAGAACGUGUGAGUGUGUAUGUGUAUGUGUGUGUGUGUGUUCACGUAUGUUGGACAGUCAAGAUCAGCAAUAUAUCAGUGCAGUUCUGUCACUAGAAGGUGUUUUAUUUUGGUCAAGUGUGUAUUUUUAGUCAUUGAACUGUGUGAGGAACAUGUCAAGAUUAAGAUGCAGUUCCAAUAAAUAAAGAACACCUCCUGUGGGUGCAGACGACUCGAGGUUUUGGGAUUUUUUUUUUUCUUCUCUAAAAAAAACUUUGGCCAUUGUAUGUUGGACAGUUCAAGUAGAAUAUGUUAGUGAACCCGCGGUGGACGUGGUGUCGUCAUUUUCUAAAAUCAGUAGGUGGCGCUCACAGACUAACACAGAGGCUUCACUGAACUAGUGGUUCAGAAACGAUAGUGCCCUCUUGUGGGCCGAAGAAUAAGAACACUUCUUCAUCAGCCCAUUCCUACCGACAACCGUUCAGCUGUUGCGUUUACAAGGAACAUUGUAAUUGGAAUAUAGGUUCGUAAUAAAUUGAGCUCAUUCUGACUGGAACAUCAUUCGGAUACAGAGAGGGGGUUUACGACAGUCG